AAAGUUCAAACAACUAACGAAAUAUUAAAAAAAAAAACAAAUAUUUUAAAUAAUUUAUAUCAUGAUACAAUUUGUAUUACAUUAAAAUAAUCAUGGACAAACGUGCUUCGACAGAUCUAAUAAAUACCGAAAUGUAUGUAAUUUCACCCUCUAAAAAUGUAAGUUCAGACUCAUUAGAUUCUGAUUCAAAGUCUAGUUCUUUAAAUUCAAAGCAUAACAAUGAAUUGGCUGAAGAUGCAAUCCCAUUAAUUUCUGGUGAAAUGGUAGUCAGUUCAUCAAAAGAUGUUACUUAUUUAUGUCCGUAUAGUGGGCCAGCUCGAGGAACGCUCUCUGUCACUAAUUAUAAAUUAUACUUUAAAGCAGCUGAGAGGGAACAUUAUAUACUAGAUGUACCUUUGGGCGUGGUAUCAAGAAUUGAAAAAGUUGGUGGAGCUAGUUCUCGUGGUGAGAACAGUUAUGGCAUUGAAGUAUUUUGCAAAGAUAUGAGAAAUUUAAGAUUUGCUCAUAAACAAGAAUUACAUUCAAGAAGAAGUAUUUUUGAACGAUUACAACAAUAUGCAUUCCCUUUAUCACACAAAACAUCACUAUUUGCUUUUACAUACAAGGAACAAUUAAAGAAAUGGUUGGAACGUUUAUGA